GAGGGACGUUCCCGGUGACCCAGAACAAUCGACCAUGACAACCGAAUCGGGAUCAGACUUGGAAUCGAAGCCGGAGCCGGAGGCCGAGCCCCAGGAGGGUCACGCGGGGGCACAGCUGGGGGCGCAGCCAGGAGCUGAGCCAGGCAGUGAAGGGCAGCCCCAGGCACUGGAGCUGUUGGAGGAGGCGGCAGCGCACAGCACACCCGUGAGGAAGGAGGUCACUGACAAGGACCAGGAGUUUGGCGCCGGACCUGCCAAACAGCCCGAAUAUCAGCAAUUUGAAGACGAUAAACUUUCCCAGAAAUCAUCUAGCAGCAAACUAUCUCGAUCUCCAUUAAAGAUUGUCAAAAAGCCAAAAAGCAUGCAGUGCAAAGUGAUACUUCUGGAUGGAUCAGAAUAUACCUGUGAUGUAGAGAAACGCUCCAGAGGCCAAGUGCUGUUUGAUAAAGUAUGUGAACAUCUGAAUUUGCUAGAAAAAGACUAUUUUGGGCUUACAUAUCGAGAUGCUGAAAGCCAGAAGAAUUGGUUGGACCCUGCUAAGGAAAUUAAAAAACAGAUUCGAAGUGGUGCUUGGCACUUUUCAUUUAAUGUGAAAUUUUACCCACCAGACCCUUCCCAGCUCUCUGAAGAUAUCACCAGGUACUACCUCUGCUUACAGCUGCGCGAUGACAUCGUGUCUGGCAGGCUGCCCUGCUCCUCUGUCACCCUUGCCACGUUGGGCUCGUACACCGUCCAGUCAGAACUGGGAGACUACGACCCAGAUGAGUGUGGCAGUGACUACAUCAACGAGUUCCGCUUCGCGCCAAACCACACAAAAGAACUAGAAGACAAAGUCAUCGAGCUGCACAAGAGCCACAGAGGCAUGACGCCCGCAGAAGCAGAGAUGUAUUUCUUGGAAAAUGCCAAAAAGCUCUCCAUGUAUGGGGUGGAUUUGCAUCAUGCCAAGGAUUCUGAGGGAGUUGAAAUCAUGUUAGGAGUGUGUGCAAGUGGCUUGUUGAUAUAUCGUGACCGACUACGCAUCAACAGGUUUGCCUGGCCAAAGGUUCUAAAGAUUUCAUACAAACGGAGCAACUUUUACAUUAAGAUCCGGCCGGGAGAGUUUGAACAAUUUGAAAGCACCAUCGGGUUUAAGCUGCCCAACCAUAGAGCGGCCAAGCGUUUGUGGAAAGUGUGUGUGGAACACCAUACAUUUUUCAGACUGUUGUUACCAGAAGCACCUCCAAAGAAGUUCCUUACCUUGGGGUCCAAGUUUCGUUACAGUGGCAGAACACAAGCCCAAACCAGGAGAGCUAGUGCACUGAUAGACCGCCCGGCCCCUUACUUCGAGCGUUCGUCCAGCAAACGUUAUACCAUGUCUCGCAGCUUGGACGGAGCAUCAGUGAAUGAAAACCAUGAAAUAUACAUGAAGGAUUCUGUGUCUGCUGCAGAGGUUGGUACUGGCCAGUACAUGACAACAAAGGGCAUCUCUCAGACCAACUUGAUCACCACUGUGACUCCGGAGAAAAAGGCAGAGGAGGAGCGGGGCGAGGAAGACGACAGACGGCAAAAGGCCGAGGAAGCCACACCCGUCGCUGCCGUACGGCCCGAGGGAAAGUCACCCGGGCUUGGCACUGACUCAUGUCCCCCCUCCCCCCCAUCAGCCCGCUCUCCCCCUGCAUCUCCCACAGGGCUCCGCAGGAGGUGUAAGGAGAACGGGCACCCCUCGCCGGGGGUCGAGCCGGCCAGAGAGCCCGGGCACCUGCACGGGGAGCCCGCCUCGGACUCUGAUGGCCGAGGGAAGCUGUGCCUGGGGGACCACGAUGUGGCUUUUAGCUGCAAACAGCGGCCGGGCAGAGGGGCCACGCUGUUUUCCUUCUCCUUGCAACUCCCCGAGUCUUUCCCCUCUCUCCUGGAUGACGAUGGCUACCUGUCCUUCCCCAACCUUUCCGAGAGCCACCUCCUGCCCCAGAGCUUGCGGCAUUACCUCCCCAUCCGCUCGCCCUCUCUGGUGCCCUGCGUGCUCUUCAUCUUCUUCUUCCUGCUCUCCGCCUCCUUCUCAGUGCCAUACGCCCUCACUCUCUCCUUCCCUCUGGCUCUGUGCCUCUGCUGCCUGGAGCCCAAGGCGGCCUCCUUGAGUGCCUCACUAGACAAUGACCCGAGUGACAGUUCAGAGGAAGAGACCGACAGUGAGCGCACGGACACCGCGGCUGAUGGGGAAACCACCGCCACUGAGUCGGACCAGGAGGAAGAUGCAGAGCUCAAGGCACAGGAGCUAGAUAAAACCCAAGAUGACCUGAUGAAACAUCAGACCAAUAUUAGUGAACUGAAAAGAACCUUUUUAGAAACCUCCACAGACACUGCCAUCACGAACGAAUGGGAAAAGAGGCUUUCCACCUCCCCCGUGCGACUAGCCGCCCGGCAGGAGGAGGCACCCAUGAUCGAGCCGCUGGUACCUGAAGAGACCAAAGAAGAAAGAGAGAUUUCUGAAAAGGUUCUAUUUUUGCAGCAAGGAAGCUCUCCAUUCUUUGAGUCUCAGGGCACAGAGGACUGGGUUAUUGUAGACAGAAUACCCACUGAGGUAGUUGAUGGUGAUUCGAAAAAGAUUGUGACGUACAAGGUGGUGACCGUGAGCGCUAGAACCGAUGACAUCCCCGCCGACUCGUCAGGAUCUAGCGCCACUGAAGUGCAGAGCUUUGAAGACUUGGCCCGAGAAAUGCACUUGAAGGAAGAGAACAAACAGAAAAUAUACACACUCGGAAAGUCCUACGAUACCGUGUCUGGAAAAAUUGUCACUAUGACAGGAAAAGUCAAAGAAGGGGAGAAGGUGGUGUCCCCCUCCCCUCUUGAGCCAGGGCUAGCCGAGCUCACAAAGACCCCCCGUGUCCUGGCAGAGUUCGAGGUCCUGGGAGUCCUCACCGAGGACAGGACCAGGAGGGGGCCUGAGGUCCACACUCCAAAGCGGAGGCUGUCGGAGUCGCUGGCCCCCAUCAGGGAAGCCGAGUCCCGGCUGCAGAGCCCCGAGGAUGAUGCUCUUGAGAAAAGCCACGUGCCCGGGAGGGAUGCCAGUCUGGAGGGCGAGCGGCUGGGCAGAGCGGAGCCCGAGGCCGAGGCCGAGGCCGAGACCUGGAAGGUGGGGCCCUUCAGUCCCCGCAGGAAGAGCCUGUCCCAGUGGAGAUACUCCCAGGAACCGGCCAUCACCGUCGCCACCACCCAAUACGUUGUCACAGAGUCGGCCACGUCCCAAGUCGUGACUAAACAGUCUUCUGGAGAAAAGCUCAUGGAUGGCUCUGAAAUCUUCAGCUUAUUAGAGUCUGCGAGAAAACCGACAGAAUUCAUAGGAGGGGUUACUUCCACUUCUCAAAGCUGGGUGCAGAAAAUGGAAACCAAGAUGGAGUCUGGCAAAAUAGAGACGGAAACAACCCAGCACCCCCAGCCACUUAGCACCCAGAGGGUUGUGCAGGAAACGGCAUUGGUGGAGGAAAGACAGGUGAUGAAUGCGCAUGCAAGUGGGGAUGCUUCUUACGCAGCUGGAGAUGACAUGGAUGCUGUGACCCAGGCAGCAUCUGCUGAUAUAUCUGAUGUGAAAGGGAAGGAGGUCUCUGCUCUGACUGAGGGAGCGAAGGAGGAAAAAGGGGAGGUGGCCGACAAAGCUGUCCUCGAGCAGGGAGAGGUGGCAGCUGCUUCCCAAGAGCCAGAGGAGGAGCAGAGUGCAGCCAUCCACGUUGCUGAAGCUUCGGAAGAAAAACCUCAUUUUGAGUCAUCUACUGUGAAGACAGAAACCGUCAGCUUUGGCAGUGUUUCACCAGGAGGAGUAAAGCUAGAAAUUUCCACCAAGGAAGUGCCUGUAGUUCACACAGAAACAAAAACCAUAACAUAUGAAUCAUCACAGGUUGAUCUUGGUGCCGAUUUGGAGCCAGGUGUGCUCAUGAGCGCACAGACGAUCACAUCUGAAACCACUGGCACCACGACCACCACCCACAUCACCAAAACUGUGAAAGGAGGCAUUUCAGAGACGAGAAUCGAGAAGCGAAUCGUCAUCACGGGAGACGCGGACAUUGACCAUGACCAGGCACUGGCUCAGGCAAUUAAAGAGGCCAAAGAGCAGCACCCUGACAUGUCAGUGACCAAAGUAGUGGUCCAUAAAGAGACAGAGAUCACCCCUGAAGAUGGAGAGGAUUGAGCCCAGGAAUAACCUAGGCUGCACCUGAAGCCAGUCACGCAAACCAUUAGAAAACCCAGAGUCUAUGUGGAGUUUCCUCUUCUAACCCACUGAUUUGCAUCUGCCCAUGGACAAUUUCAAUCCAGAAGAACUGACCUUGACCAUUUAAUAAAGACGCUGGCAGAGACCUUCCCAUAAUAAAGCAAUCUGAGUCAGGCUCACUAAACUGACAUUGCAUGAAGCAACGAUACAAUUACAAAACAAGCAGCAUUUUUACGUUUCACACAGUGUCUGAGUUCUCAGCUACACCUGCACGUUCAUAACCAACAAUAGAAACCGUGAUCUCAUGUAACACAUAGAGCAAUCCAUGCCUUUCAUAGCUGAUUAUUAUUAAAGUCUAAACAAAAUUGCAGUUUCUUAGGUGACAGAUCUUUUGUUUACAGAUCAACAAAGAUUACCCUAAACUGCUAGAAGCUGUCUAGUCCCGUGUGUCAGGUUUUUCCCAGAUUAGAUGUGCCAAUAACCGAGUUUAUUCAUUAAAUAACUUGAAUCUUGUACUUGUUUCCUCUGGUUUAUUACUCUCACCUGUCAGCAGUAACGACUCUCCGAUCCUCUGGAAAUAUUUAGCGCUCACAAUCCUGCUUUGUGUCAUCUGAUUUAACCGUUAGAAAGUAGUACUGACUUUAGCGUAUCAGUGUGAUCUCUUCCCCGUCGUCCGCUUUGGUCUGCGUUCAGUCUGGAAAGCCUCCCAGAGUUCCCUAACAAGUCCUAAAUAUGUAAAUUGUCAUUAUUUUGGAAAGAAGACCUGUAUUUUUGUUAGUUCACCGUAUGAUGAAAUUUCACUCCGGGAAAACCCGUUGGGCUCCUGUUGCUUUGUUUUCUUUCUUCAUUUCUUCGUCCUUUUAUCUUUUUUUUAAUGGAUUUUUCUUCUUUUACUUGAAAAAAAGUGUUUUAUUUCCAAAUCUGGUCCAUAUUUGCAGUCUAGUUCAGAGCCAAGCCUUAAACUGUACAGAAUUUCCACUGUAAUAAAACUAUUUAGUGUUUAGUUAUAAAU